ACUUGCUGUCAACAUGUCCAAAGGCGUCAGAGUUUGCAGCCAUGAAUAUUUUGUGGUUUUCUUACUCCUCUGCACUUGGAAUGCUGCAACAAGUGCUCGAUUCGAUCGGGAACAUUUAGAGAGUCGUCUGGUCCACGACAUCGUGGCCUUUCAUGGCGUCCGCCUUGUCAAUAUAAUCAGUCAAGGGAUAGAUAUUCCAGGGACUAAAGAGGCUGAAGUCGACAACAGGUGGUUCCAAUGGACACUUCGCCAGCUCUAUGGACAAUAUGGCUUAGGUUUAUCUGUCACGGUAGCACAUCGGGAUCCAGGCAGUAAAAACAUUAGUGCCAAAGCAGUUAACGAUUUCCAUCAUUUUGUAAAUACACCUCAACCUCCCCAGCACUUAGUUGUUCAACGAAUGCUCACCGAAGAAGACUUGUAUGUUUUUAAAGAGAUGUACGACAAGACUGACGAUCAGGUCAACUGGCUGCUCCUCUCUGAUACAACCAUUGAAAGCCAACUUAGUCAGGUGUCCUUGCCAAUCAACAGCAAGGUUGUUGUAGCGUUAGUUGAUGUAGAAUCCAGAGGUGCAAUAUUGCUGGAAGCUUACAAAGUAGCACCCAAACUGCCGCUCAGAUUACACGUCAUCGGUACUUGGCUCUUGAACAACAUCUCUGAAGAUGAUGCUCUUCACAGACACUUUUUAGCUGUCAAAGGUGUCAUCCCUGAGGAACUCAAAGAUCUCCCAAACCAAAGACUAUUAGUGAGCAGGAAGAUGAAGUACGGAGUUAUGACUUACAUCCAAGGAGACCUCAUUAUUAGAAGGAGAGAUCUCACCGGACUUCAUUUAAGGUGCACUAUCAUCGAGAAUCCGCCUUUUAUAUAUACAACAAGAACACAUGUGGACGGGACUGUUGCCCUUCAAGGAGGCUAUGCUUCCCUUUUCUAUCUUCUGCAGAAAAUCACUAAUUUUACGUCAUCCUGCAGGAUGGUGAGAGAUAAAGCCUGGGGGUCUUUCAUCAAUGGCCGCUGGAACGGAGUCAUCGGCGAGGUCCUUGAGGGAGCUGCAGACAUAGCUGUGUCUACUAUUGACCUGACGGCCAAGCGUAGUGAAGUUGUCGACUUCCUCAUGACACUAUCAGCGACAAGAUACUAUUUGAUCUUCAAACGACCGUCUAGUAGCGACCAGAAAUGGACCGCUUACACCCAAGAAUUCCAAGGGAGCGCCUGGAUAAUGUUGGGGAUUUUUUGUCUUCUGCUGGUGGCCUUGUUCUUAGUUUUUGUUGCACUGGCGCCUUCGGACUCCCAUUUGGAAUUGUCAGACGGCUUAGAAAUUAUUGUAGGGUUUCUCUUGGGACAAGGAACUAACAUCAAUGUUUCGGCCACAAGCAUCCGCUUGUUGAUGCUAACAUCGCUGAUGUUUCAUGUGCUUAUGGUAACACACUACACCAGCGACCUCCUGUCCGGUUUGACAGCUGGAGUCCCACGACCUCUUAUCUCAGACCUAUCUGACAUCUCCCGAAAUCCCAAAUUCACUUUGGGCUUUGAAAAAAAUACUGCUCUGGAUGAGUUCUUGAGUGUAAGCCUUAGAAAGCGCUCUUCAUAUUCUAUUCAUGAAAUAUCGUAACUAUAUAAAUGAAAGAACACUAUCGGCCCACUGUGAGACUAGGACUGGUAGGCUCAAUUAACUGCACUCACACAUACAUAAAUGUAAAGAU